AAAAAGAACAAAGUCACGACUGAGAGUUUUAUCCUUGGACCAGUUUACAAAACUCGGCGUUUGGCGUGUUACAACCAACGAGGAACCACCAUGUCCUCCUCUGCAACCAUCACCAACACAUGGGAAAUUUGUUGCCCUCUGGCCCUCUGUUGUUGCUGUGCGCUGCUACCUCUGGCACCAGUGCUGAUACCACUCUGCGCAUGCGGCAUGAUCCUACUUCUCCUCCUCUGGCCGCUAAGUUUCAUUUUGUUUGCCGUCGCCAUCUUCCUCAUCACCCUCGUCCGAUUCCCCGUUAACCUUUACUGUUUGGCAAAGAUUGUGUUGUCCAACGUCUCUUUGGAAUGGGAUUUCAAGAUAUUGGCCCUGUUCAUGCUGCCCAUUGCCAACGUUGCAUUUUCUGUUUGGUUGUUCUUCUCCACAUUGUUAAUGAUAUUCACUACCACAGAUGGAUUGCUAGGAUUCGACUUUAACGGUGCCAUGGCAAGAUACAAUCGAAAGCAGGCAGAUUUUACAGAUCUGCAGCAACCGAUGGGAGUUCCGUUGAAUUGGGAAGGAGAGACUUAUGGAAUCGUUCGGUGGCGGAUAAAUCUUCUGGGGUCCAUGGUGCUGUUGGCGGUGUCUUUGCCGGCUUGCCUCAUCGGGUCAAUGUGGAUUACCAUAGUCAAGAUUGUUCCUGGUUACCUUUCCAGGUGGGCGGUUUGUUUUGAGAGUUUGUCCAGGCUUGGCCCAAGGGAUCCCUUUCUUUGUUGUCAAGUGGUCUACUAUGUUGGAGCUACAAUUAUUGUUGCGCCGAUUGCAGUCUUGGUCCAGUCAGGAUCGGCCAUCUUGAAAGGCACUUUGAUUGCAUUUAGGGUUCCUCCUGUCUUGGUCCAACAUGGCUUCGUUGCAGGGUUGUAUGAACCCCUUGUUCUCCUUCAUGAAAUCGACACUUGGGAUAUCUUUGGGCUUGAGCGAUCGAUCAGUGCUAUCCCGUGUCUUCCGGAGACCAAUCCAUACAAAAACGUUGACAACCCUCAGCGGACAACCGCCAGAACAAUCACCGGGGGUGAACGUAGAAUGGCGACCAAUGCCUAUUGGGAUCGAUUUGCGAAGCAGUGCAUUCAGACUACAUUUGAUUUGUUGGAGAAGGGAUGGAUAACAAUCGAACAGGUGGAAUGCAUGGAUCCAUCCAUUUUCCAAGCAAUCCCCGCCAUUGCUGUCUUGACCGUUCUUGUGGACACCGUUCAUGACCCAGAAGCAAAGAAGCCAAAGGAUAUAUCGUGGAAGAUUGAUGGGACUCUCUGCAAGCAAUCUCAACGGCCACCCCUGGACAACGUCGCUGCUCUCCUGUUUCCCAAAGUCAUAGAGGUCAAACGCCUCCUUUGUAAAAAGAACGUUGCCAAGGAAAGCAACGUUGAAAGCAUUGUGGCCUUGAUCUGUUCCAAUACCAAAGAUCCCACGGAAGUGCAGAAGGCAUCUCUCCGGAACCACCCCACCAACGAGAACAGCAAGCACGAAGACACAAACAACUUGGUAAGGGCUAGACUCACGGAACUCACCCUGAUGAUUCUGCAAGUGAAGCCUUUUCGGGAUCGCAUGACCACCAUCUUUGCCCAUGAAUACCUUGCAGCAGCGGCUGACGAGGAAAGUGCUCACCCAGAUGCGAAAUACAUUUGUCAGGACGUUGAAAGGCAGGAUCAAGACUCCACCGAGAGAGAAGCUACAAGGGGUUGGUUCGCGUGGUGGUGAUGGGGGAGAGGCAACGUGGAACGGUGUCUGGCAACGCAGCAUACGGUACAAUACAAGGGGUCUAGCGGUACCGAGGUGCGCGCGUUCUGGAUUCGAGGGGCAAGAUGCCUCCCACUGGCCAGAAUCCAUGCUAUUAGUGGGAUAAUCGCGGUCAAGUUACAGAGACCUGACUAUUUAUUGUGCUCUGUACACAACAGACUGGGAACAAACCAAACGAGAGCGUCGAUUGAAGAUUCAAAUGACAACUCUUCCAUCCAUCUCCACAACUGCCUCCACUUCCUCACUGUUGUCACUAUUAAAGGAUGACUCCCGCCCACUGUUCGCGGGUAGUUUCUUGUCGUUUUCAUUGUCCAACAACAUAGCCAACUCGGCCACUAGUUGGCCGUCCCCACCAGCCCGCAAGGCCUGGUCGUAAAGUCGUUGUCGUUUCGGUGACGCCACCGCACCUGUGUCAAACGAUUCCUCUCUUCGUUUGGCUCCAGCUUGGACUCUUGCAGUAUUGUCAUGCUGCUUGUUUCUUGAUUGCACCGCAUUUGUACCAGACUGACCGUGGUUCUGCGCCAUAGCUCUGACACCAGCCAAAGGCAGGCCUUGCGUGGUGCUGACUGUCGCGUGCUCUUUGAGUUGUUUUACAUCUCCAGCAAUCGCCCCAAUGAGCGAUCCCAUUUGGAAAAUGACCUGUUCAUGAGAUCGAAGUUGUUUCCCUUGCUCUUGAAGUUGCGCUUUCAUGCUGUUAAUCACAUUGGCAGCCAUUAAUGUGGUUGCAAGUGCUUCUUGGUGCUCUUUGACUUGCUGUUUUUGUUGCUGAGUUGUUGCAUUCAAUUGUUCCUGCAACCUUGCUGCGGUUGCGCAAGUUUGCAUAUGUUUAUUGGCCAGCUGCUGUUGUUGUUGCUGUUCAUUGUUCCGUGCGGCAGUAAGCUCUUGGAUGCGCUGCUGUUGUCGUUGCACCACCUUUGCCAAGUGUUGCACAAGUUGUCUUUGCUGCUGUUGCUGGGCCAUGAAAGCUUGUUGCUGUGGGCCUUCGCGAUGACCAAGGCUAUUUUCGUUGUUGCUUUCACCAUUGAGGACCAUUGGGUGCUCUUGUUGCAACUGACAUUGACGCUGGACUUGACCAUCCGUGGUCUGGGUGCUCCAUUGCCGGAUUGCUUCCAGACGAUUGAGAUAUGUUUCUCUCGUAUCUGGUUCCCGCCUCAUUUGAUCCUGCAAGACAAGCUGUUGCAUAUUGUUCACAGCGCGCCUUGCUUCGGUUGGCUGUAUGUGAGGUUGGUUUUGUGCGUUGUGGCUGUGAUUCUGUUGGUUCUUACCGGCAAUGGCGCAAGAGGAUCCCCCUCCUCGUUGUUGUGGCGGCACUUGCUGUUGGUAGUGUGGUUGCAUCUGGGGAAGGCUUUGCCUAUCAUUUACUAGACUUCCCUGGCUGUUGGCAUGACCAUUGGUAACUGGCAUUUGCCGCUGCAUUGAACGAUUUUGGUUUUCUAUUCCUAUUCUCUGCAAUUGCUUUUGUUGUGGCUGCGGUUGUGGCUCUUGGAGUGUGUUGUCACCUUUAGGACGGUCGUUGAGAGUAGUGCUGAUUGGUUUGUUCUGUGCAUCCACUGUUUUGGAGAUAUGCUUUGCUGUUGUUGUUGCUGUUGUUAUUGAAUUCUCACAGUCAUCGAGGGAUCUGUAUGUGAAGGUUUCAAGCACCCCAAUGUCUCCAAUACAGAGUUGCUGUUGAGGAGUCAAGUUGCCCUCAUGAUAUGCAUUGACCUGCUUUUGUAUCCACAGGUGCAACGCUCGAUGUUGACCCCAAGGUGGGAUGUUCAUGUGUCCAUGGCAGUCUUUGAAUUUGAGUAUGUAAUCAAAUCCAUCCAGCC